GUGGAGGAGCGGCUUCGUGCCAAGGCAGAAAAGGGGCCACAUGCAGUAUAUGUCCCUAGUGGCGCCCUAUGGGGCGGGGAGAACAUAAAAAAGAUGGCGGACAGGGGAACAUUAAAGACAGCAGAAUUGACUAAAAAUGUCUCACAAGGAAAAAAAUUCAGCAAACUCAAGUCAUAAUUAAAUAAUCUGAUUAAUGUCCAGUCUUCACUCUUUGAACAGUUUUCAAAUCCAUGAACGACAUCUUGCUGCUAUCGCAGAUUGCAAAGCAUGUCAUUCAACAUGUCAUUCGACAACACAGCAGAAGCCAUGACGAGCAGAAGCAAUCUCAAAGGGCUCUCCUUAUCCCUGCUUCUUUUGCUGUUAAUCUUUAUUAUUCUGUCUCCAAAAGUUAAAUAUGAUAUGCUAAGCGUCCUGUCUUCGGUUUUGAUUGCAUUUGGUGGUGAAAGAACAACUUCUCCUGGUCGAAAUGAGAAAGGAGCUAACCGGCGAUACUUAACAACGCAGCAGCUGCCGCCAUUUUUAAAGGCUAGAACUGCUUUGUACCUCUCGGGGUUGUCAAUCUAUGCUGGCUACCUGGUGUUACUAUCUGGGGAUGUUAGCCUAAACCCUGGCCCUACGAACUGUGCUGUGUGCUUGAAGGGAAUCAGAGCGAGGCAACCUCGACUUCCAUGUCAUUUGUGUGAGCGAAUUUUUCAUCUGAAAUGUCUUGGCGCGGAAUUUGAACUCUCACGGUGCUGUCAGUUUUGCGCUGUUCGGUCAACAACUGAGGGAGACUCCGAAGAUGACUCUGACGUUCCUAGCAAUUCUUCUAAGUUUCGCGAGUUUGCUAAACUCCGGGGCCUCAAAUUGAUUCAUCAGAACAUUCAGAGUCUUGGUAGCAAGAUCAAUCACCUUCGUCUUUUAGUUCGCGAGCUCAAGUCUGAAAUCCAUCUAUUGACGCUGUCUGAAACUUGGAUAAAGGAGGGCGCUAGUGAUGGGGAGUUCGAAAUACCGGGCUACAGGCUCUUCAGGAAGGACAGAAAAGGAAAUCAUGGAGGGGUCGCAGUUUAUGCUCGUGAGGACAUGUCUGUGACUAGAAGGGAUUAUUUAGAGGUAACCUCAGCAGAAGUACUGUGGCUUGAAAGUACACUUCCAAAGUCGCGCAGUUUUCUAGUUGGCACAGUGUACCGACCUGACUGGACCUCUAAUUAUUACGAUGGCGAUUUUAUGGUUAAACUAAACUACAUGUUGGACUCUGUCUCAGCACAAGGUCAAGAAGUGAUUCUCUGCGGCGAUUUUAAUUGCUGUCUUUUGUCAUCAAAGCGAAACGACCCCGAUUGUAGACAGCUAAAAUCAAUUUUUAGCUGUUUAGACUUCAAGCAGCUUAUCACCAAACCUACACGAAUCAUUAAAGACUCAAAAUCUUUGGUUGACCUCAUUGCUGUAAACUGUCCCAUGAAUAUCAGGGAUUCUGGCGUCAUUUCAUCCCAUCUCAGUGAUCACGAACUUGUCUAUUGUGUUAGAAAACUUUACUGGAAAUGGGCACCAGCACAAACCAAAACAUUCCGAAAUUAUGCUAAUUACGACAGUAGGAAGUUUUGUGAAGAUCUAAAGGGUUUUGAUUGGAACUCUGUCUUAACUCCCAAUGGACAAGCGGUAACAGGAGUUGACGAUCUAUGGAAUGGUUUCAAAAGCGCGUUUAUGUGCAUUGCUGAUUCCCACGCCCCGGUCAUUCAAAAGCGUGUACGCAGUGUAGACAAUUGCCCUUGGUUGAACAAAGAGAUUUAAUCCAUCAUGCUCCAGCGGGAUUACUUUCACUCCAAGGCAAAGAAGUCUAACCUGACUGUGGACUGGGCUAGCUACCGCUGUUAUCGGAAUAGGGCCACAAAUUCCAUCAAAAAGGCGAAGGCUACUUAUUACAGAAAACUGAUCGAGAGAAAUGGGAACGACCAUAAGACCUUCUGGAAGACCCUAAAGAAAAUUCUUCCUGGGGAAAAGAAGACUGUCUCCCCAAAUAUUCGUGUCCAAGGAACUUUAUCUUAAGACAAGAAGCUGAUCGCGGACUCCUUUAACAGUUUCUUCACGAGCACCGCCGUACGCCUUUGUGAAUCACUUCGGUCUUCCUGUGGUGCUGCCGCCGGCUUAGUUCUGCUAAGUCCCACUACUCCCUUCAAGUUCCAAGAUGUCUCCGAGUAGCUCGUGUGCGCACAGUUGCGCCCCCUAAAAGCGGGCAAAGCAGUUGGCCUCGAUAAUAUUCCUGCGCGUCUCUUGAUUGAUUCGGCACCAAUAGUUACAAAACCGCUGACCUCAAUUCUCACCCACCCACCCACCCAAAUGAAUCAAUUUCAGUUCAAACAGUCCUAGAAUAGCAGUGUAAUCAUUUUUUAAAUUAAUUUUUAAAAAUUAUUUUCGUAAAAAAUAAUAUUUUUUGUAUGAAAUGUAAGACUAUUGUUAAACCACACAUGGUGAAAAAAUUUUAAACUACUACUUGAUUCAUACUGCCUAGGGCCUUAAAAUUACAAUGAGGAAACACCCAUCAUGCUUCAAGCUUGUUGAUCCCUUAGAGUCUAAAGCCAAGGAAAAGUACCAG